GUUCAGCAGUGUGUUUCAGUCCGUUCACUUUUUCAGAUCGGACUCAACCGCUGUCGCAGUGCUGAUCUUUUCGGUAACCUGAAGUAAAACCUGCCGUCAGCUCAGUGGACGUCGACCCGCUGAACCAGAGAUGCCCAAGAAGAAAACCGGUGCACGGAAAAAGGCCGAGAGCCGUAAAGAGCGAGAGAAACAGGUCCGAGCCAGCCGGGAGCAUGUUGAUGUGGCCAAACACCCCUGCAACUCCAACAUGGAAUGUGAGAAAUGUCAGAGAAAACAGAAGAACAGAGCUUUCUGCUACUUCUGUAACUCAGUGCAGAAACUGCCUGUCUGCGCCCAAUGCGGCAAAACCAAGUGCAUGAAGUCAUCAGAUUGUGUCAUCAAACAUCCUGGGAUCCACAGCACUGGAAUGGCCAUGGUGGGAGCAGUAUGUGACUUCUGUGAAGCUUGGGUGUGCCACAGUAGGAAAUGUCUGAGCACUCACGCCUGUACAUGUCCCCUGACUGAUGCAGACUGUAUUGAAUGUGAGCGUGGUGUAUGGGAUCAUGGAGGACGAAUCUUCCGUUGCUCCUUUUGUCAGAACUUCUUGUGUGAGGAUGAUCAGUUUGAGCACCAGGCAAGCUGCCAAGUCCUUCAGGCAGAAACAUUCAAAUGUGUUUCAUGUAAUAGACUGGGACAGCACUCCUGCCUGCGCUGUAAGGCCUGUUACUGUGAUGACCAUGCCAAGAGUAAGGUCUUCAAACAGGAGAAGGGCAAAGCUCCACCAUGUCCCAAGUGUGGCCACAAGACGCAGGAGACCAAAGACCUCAGCAUGUCCACUCGCACGUUGAAAUUUGGCCGUCAGGCUGGCGCCGAUGAUGAUGACGAUUAUUACGAUGGAGCAUCAGGGUACGACUCCUAUUGGAAGAACAUAGCAUCUGGCGGCCGAGACCAACAGGAUGACUACGGAGAGGAUGAUGACUGCGAGGAAGACGAGUAUGAGGAGGAUGAGGAUGAGGAGGAGGAGGAGGAAGACGAGGAGGAGGAGGAGGAAGGGGAAGAGGAAGGGGGUGAAGAGGAAACAGCUGCUGAUUCCCUGGCUGGUCUUAAAUUAGACGGAACUGCUGCCUGAACUAAGACAGAAACUGGAGAGCUUGUUGGUGGAAAGCCCAGUCCCAUAGAUCCAAAUGAUCCUCAGUGGAUGUUCUCAAUUGUUAACUGUGGAAUUAAGGGACGUCCAUGUAAAAUGAAAAUUCCACAAGAAUUUAGCUGGUAUAACUAAGGAUGGGUAUCAAGACUAGAGUUGGAACAGUACCUGAAUUUCUGCUCAAAUGUUUAUUCUUAUACCUAAUAUAAAUGUUUUUCAACACAACCCACACAAACCACUGUGCAAGGAAGUAAAAGAAUAAAAUAAGUUGCCAUGUUUCCAUUCAAAUCAGAAAGUCUGUUUGUUUUUUUUUUAAACAAAAUUGUGAAUAUGACCAGACCUUCACUGUAAACUGUUGCUACUUCACAGAUUUUUUUAAAUAUUAAAUGCUUAUGACACAUUUACUUGACAAAAACAAAAUUGAGGUUUCUAUAUCCAGGUCAAGAGACAGCUUUCCCCCUUUCAUUGUCACAGUCGGGGAUGAGUUAAAGCACUCGGAAUUCCUGGGGCUAAAAUUAGCUGUGAGACUUUUUUGCUUUUCUUUCUUUUCUUUUUUUUUUUUUUUUGUGGUAAUUUGGUAAAUACUCUGGGGUCCCUUCUAUCAGACAAGUAGCCCUGGUCUUUGUAAGGAG